CUUGGUGAACAUGAUUUUCAGAAGCUGAAAGACAAGUACUAUCACAGGUUCAUUAUCGGAACUUUCGUCUCCUUCAUCAUUUGCUGCGGCUUACCGAUUGCGAAUGGUAAGCGCCCUCCGCCGGGGCUAGGCAUUGCAUGGGGAUUUAUUCCGGUGGUCUCAACAUCAACAUCUUUUCUCUUCAUUACCCCGCCAGUGUACGUUGUCUUCCUCGUCGAUUUUUUCUCGCAUUGCCACUUAACGUACGCUCGAAAAUGCAGAGAAGAGAUCAUGCAGGUCGUACACGAGAUCAUGUUCGGAAGCGCGGCGCAGUUGUCCCGCAUUAGGGAUACAACAGAGGAGAUGACGAAAACGCAAGACCAAUAGGUAUCAAACGCGCAGGACUUGGUCGUGGAGAAUAAAGAAGAAAGCCCUUCUCCGGCAACAUCAAUACUACAUCAAAGUGGGGAACCGGAGCAGGGUGGAGAUGUUUCCCUUAGUACUCCUGCCAAAAUAAAUGGCGCAAGCGCAACUGUCUCUACGAAAAUCAAGCUGAGGAACUAACUUCCACUUUUUUAUAUGAAUCAAUCCUCGCGUCGCAAUAGAGAGAAACUCCAGCGGCUCGCCCAGACGCUUCGCACGUUCGAUCGCACGCAGCAGCAGUUGUUUGCGAGAACCUUGAAGCUGUCGGGAACAGCCUUCGGCGCACCCUUGUUCUCGUGUUCUGUGGUCGCUCUGCAACUUGCUCUUCCUUAGCGGAUCACCGAUCUCUUCUAUCACCGCAAUCUGUCUCUACAUUGUGUACCGGUACUUGAGUUCGCUCGCACGUCUGGGCGAAGAGAUCGAGCUGCUGAUAUCGCAGGUCAGGCUGACGGCAAAUGCAACCAUUAGGCCAGACUUUGAAGUUCCGUCGUCAAGUAGUCCUUCUGGUGGACGAACAAUGAUCGAUGACGCCGAUAUGGCGUCCUCCGUUCAAGGAGGUUCAUCUGGGGUGCCCACUCUUGUGCGAAGAAGAAAGCAUGGUAGCACCAGCUCGCUUGAUGACGCAGGUGGUGGAGGUGGAGAAGACUCAGGAGGAGGAUCGACUUCGAAAAACGCUAGCCAAAGAGUCGCCCAAGAAAUCAUGCGCACUACAUCUCCCUCGUCGUCUUUGAGCCAGACCAUGCAAGAUCUUGCAUUACUGCACAUACUACUGGAUCACUCGGCAGCUUACUUCUCGGACUGGCGAGUUGGCGAGAAGGAGAAACACUGCUGGAGCUUACUCGGGACUGUGUUGACGCCUGACAUCGUGCGACAAGCAGUUGCAUUCGUCAUCGUUUCAGCAGCGUUUGCGAUUUUCCCUGUUGUAAUCGAAGGAGGGAUUUCGGGUGGAACUUGACCUCUGUAAAUGGUCGACUCAAGUCAGAUGAGAUAAAAAUCUUUACAACUCUAUUUUGUUUGACAAAACACUUUCUAAUAUUUCUUGGUACAAUACUGCCACUGAAUACAGCCAUCUUCAUGAGACGAACCUCUCAGCUCCAGGUGCUGCUGCUCCGUGCAUUCUUCCAC